AUGGCGUCCAUGACGACGCGGGACGACGCCCUCCAGUUCGGCGCCGUCGACUGGCAGCGCCUCAUCCGCGAAGGCGCCGUCGCCGACCAGCACGCGGCCGCGAUCAAGGGCGCCGAGGCCUCGUCGCUCGAGGCCGUGCUGGGCGACGCCGCCGCCGCGCGCGCCUACGCCGCGGCGCUCGCCGCCGUGGCCGGCGGCGUCGACGACGGCGCCGCGCGCCGCUACUGCGUCACCAAGGCCGAGGACGUGCUCGUGGCCGACGGCGCCGCGGCGGCCAAGGCGCAGCUCUUCGCGCCGGGCGGCCUCGCGAACUUCGUGGCCGCCGCGGGCAAGGCGGCUCGCGCCGGCGACGCCUACAGCACGCGCGUCGCCGCGGCCGUGGCCGCGGCGCUCGUGGCCGCGGACGCGCAAGCCGACGCCGGGCCGCUCGUCGCGUGGCUCGCGACGCAGAUGGCCGACGGCACCUCCGCCCGCGAGGCCGCGCCGGCGCUCGCCGUGGCGCUCCGCGCGCCGCGCGCGCGCGCCGCCUUCGCCGCGCAAGGCGGCGUCGCGCUGCUCGCGGCGCGCCUCAACGACGCCGGCGGCGGCGCGCAGCUCAAGUACGAGGUCGCGUUCUCCCUCUGGUGCCUCAGCUUCGAGGAGGACGCGCCGGACGAUUUCGUGCGGAGCCACGCCGUCGAGGCGCUCUGCGGCGCGGUCGCGGCCGCGCCGCGCGAGAAGGUCGUGAGAGUCGCCGUCACGGCGUUGCUGAAUGCGGCGCGCGACGACGCGGCGGCGACGCGCAUGGUCGGCGCGGGCCUCGGGACGACGCUCGCGUCCAUGGCCUCGCGCCCGUUCGCCGACGACGACGUCAAGGCCGCCGUGGGCGAGCUGGCCACGCGGGUCAAGUCCGUCUCCAAGGAGCUUUCCACGCUCGAGCGCUACGCGGCCGAAGUGGCCUCGGGGAAACUGCGGUGGGGCCCGGUGCACUCGGAGGCCUUCUGGGUCGAGCACGCCAAGGCCGCGGAGAAGGACGACUUCGCUCUCGUCCGGCGCCUCGUCGAAGUCCUCUCGGAAGCGACCGGCGACGUCGAGGCGCUGGCCGUCGCGUCGUACGACCUCGGCGAGAUCGCGCACCGUCACGCGGGGGCGAAGAGUGCGCUCGUAAAGCUCGGCGCGAAGGACGCCGCGCUCAAGCUGAUCGACCACGAGGACGAGGACGUCCAGCGCCGCGCGCUCCAGUGCGUCUCGAAGAUCCUGCUGCGCGGCGGGAGCAGCGUGGUCGGCGGUGCGUGAUUGGGGUAUGACUAUAAGUUGCGUGU